GUUUGAUUACCACAACAUUGUAUCAUAUGCGAUGUUGAGAACUGCAAUUGUCGGUAUUUUCAGUUUCCAACACAACAACACUGCUCCCGUAAUAAUGUGAACGUAAUCGUAUCAACAUAGACCGUUUCCGCAUGGUGAACUGGCCUGGGCUAGAGCCGGCUAGAACUCCGUUCGACGCAGCCAAUUUAAGCAACUCGCAGGGAGCACAGACUGUGACGCCGAACGUUAAAGCCAGUGCGCAGCUUCGAAACUGAAGCUAUAACACACGGUUCAGCAAGCUGAGAACCAUCGGAUUUAAUCGUUCUUUCCCGUAACUCCGGAAACACGUUGUUUACCUAGUGCAGUAUGAACGAAUGAAUCAGUAUACCCUGGGCAUUAUAAAUUUGCCUCUAAUGCCAAAGAAGGAGAAAGGGAAAGCCCUGAAACGCGAAGUUAUUUGGUCGCAGCGACACACCUCGCUGUUGGAGCCCCAGCUCAGCUCGACAACGUGCUGUCGAUAAAGUCGGUGUCUGUUGAUGUGGCGCAGAGUCGGAGGAACCACUUGGCUCACCUGUCCGCGCUACCUUUGCUACCGUAUAGCGCGUCGAUGCAGUGUGUAACGGUUUGUGUUUACCGUAGAAUAGUGAUCAGUUUUUGUUUUAAUAAAUAAAAUUAGAAGGUGCUUUUUAAAGUUCGAUAUUUCGGAGUUAUGUGAGAUGCCGAAUACCCACGAACACGUGUGUCAUGGUAUAAGUUACUCGUCACUUUCAAAAUGGCGCCUGUUCGGCGUACCCAAAUGCCAUCUGGGGUGGAUUCGAGGUCUCAGCGUGCAACAGAGAGUCCUCAUUCUCCACGACCCUUCACUCCACCGGACCUUUCCUCCAUCCCCAACAUGGACGGAACCCCUCACCAACCAUUGAGCACUAACAAUGCAUCGGAUUCGAAUGACAACAAUGGAUUACCCGGUCCUUACAUCGUUGGGAGUCCCAUCGAUCUGGGACAAAUAGAUAAUGUAGACAACAUUGGCUCGCACCUCCAAGAUUUCGCUCCACCUUGGUGCGGCAAACGGACGAAUGACGAUCACAUAGAACUCAGGGAAACCGGAACUUCAGGGUCAGGGGACGCAGAUACGGUAAAUGUGGGGAAUCACCUUUCACCGCCAGAUGACCAAGAGGAAAGAGUUGUGUUCAUAAACCCGCUUUCUCAGCAACCGGCAAAAUACAAAACCAAUCACAUUACCACCGCAAAGUAUUCCGUAUUUUCAUUCAUUCCUUCGUUUUUGUUUGAACAAUUUCGAAGGUAUAGUAACUGCUUCUUUCUCUUCAUCGCGCUAAUGCAGCAAAUACCUGAUGUCUCACCCACGGGACGCUACACCACACUAGUGCCACUAAUAUUCAUCCUCAGUGUAUCUGCGCUCAAAGAAAUCGUUGAAGACAUUAAAAGGCACAGAGCUGACGAUGAAAUAAACAAACGUGAAGUGGAAGUUCUUAGAAAUGGUAAAUGGGAAUGGGUUCAAUGGCAGGCUGUGGCCGUUGGCGAUGUAGUUAAGGUUCAUAAUAAUAAAUUUUUUCCUGCCGAUCUGAUUAUGCUGUCUUCAUCCGAGCCACAGGGUAUGUCAUUUAUUGAAACUGCAAAUUUGGACGGUGAAACAAACUUAAAAAUUAGACAAGCUGUACCCGAAACUGCCAAGUUGUUGGAUACAAAAGAGUUGACAAAAUUUGUGGCAAGCAUACAAUGCGAGCCACCUAACAGACAUUUAUAUGAAUUUUUUGGUGUUCUCCGAGAAUUCAACAAACAAGGUGUGCCAUUGGGUCCUGAUCAGCUACUUCUACGUGGUGCAAUGCUACGGAACACUCGUUGGGUGUUCGGGGUUGUAAUAUACACAGGUCAUGAUACAAAACUGAUGUGCAACAGCACCAGUGCUGCACCCCUAAAACGAUCAACUCUCGAUCGCCUAACAAAUACCCAGAUUCUUAUGCUGUUUUUCAUACUUCUGAUACUGUGUUUGAUAUCAGCCAUAUUUAAUGUCAUUUGGACCAGUGCUUAUGAGCAGGAUUUAUGGUAUUUAGGUUUGCACGAAGCAAUGACCAAGAACUUUGGUUAUAACUUAUUAACUUUCAUUAUAUUGUUCAAUAAUUUAAUACCAAUAUCGUUGCAAGUUACAUUGGAGGUGGUACGAUAUGUUCAAGCAACUUUCAUUAACAUGGACGUGGAAAUGUAUCACGCAGAAACAAAUACUCCUGCAAUGGCACGUACCAGUAAUCUCAAUGAAGAACUUGGAAUGGUCCGUUACGUCUUCACAGAUAAAACCGGAACCUUAACCCGGAAUGUGAUGGAGUUUAAACGGUGUUCAGUCGGUGGAAAGCUGUACGACCUGCCAACAUUUACGGGAAACAAUGAUGGUGUGAAAAGAAUGAAUGCAGAUAUGAGCUGUUCGUUAGUUAAAGAUAUAAUGGAUGGUAGAAUCAAAGAAGAUUAUCCGUCAAAUGAUGAUUUGACUAAACAAGCUACUGCUAAAAUUUUACACGAAUUUAUGGUCAUGUUGUCUGUUUGUCACACAGUUAUACCCGAGAAACUUGAUGAACAAAUUGUUUAUCACGCUGCAUCACCUGAUGAAAGAGCGCUUGUGGAUGGAGCGAGGCAAUUUGGUUACGUAUUUAAUACACGAACACCCAGUUCGGUAGAGAUAACUGCAUUAGGUGAAUGUCAACGUUACGAGAUUUUGAACGUCAUCGAAUUCACUUCUGCCCGUAAAAGAAUGUCUGUCAUUGCACGAACACCAGAUGGACAGAUAAAGUUAUUCUGUAAAGGAGCUGAUUCAAUCAUUUACGAGAGGCUCGCUAGUAAAACAACGAACAACCGUGAAGAUGGCGUAGAUUUUCGCGAAAUAACACUAAAUCACUUGGAAGCUUUCGCAACUGAAGGAUUGAGGACACUUUGCUUCGCUGUCGCUGAUAUACCUGAUUCACUCUAUCAAAGGUGGCGAGAGACUUACCACAAAGCGGCGACCAGUAUGGAAGAUCGUGAAAAUAAAAUAGAGUAUGCCGCCAACCUCAUAGAAAAUAAUUUAUCACUUUUAGGAGCAACUGCAAUUGAGGAUAAACUCCAGGAUCAGGUACCAGAGACUAUAGAAUCUUUAAUACAAGCGGAUAUCAACGUAUGGGUUUUAACUGGAGAUAAGCAAGAAACAGCAAUAAACAUUGGAUAUUCCUGCAAGCUUAUUACGCAUCCAAUGCCUCUAAUUAUAGUCAACGAAAAUUCUCUGGACAAAACGAGAGAGGUGAUUACACAACAUUGUGCUGACUUUGGACAAGAUUUACGAUGCCCGAAUGACGUAGCUCUUGUAAUUGACGGAAACAGUUUGAAGUAUGCUUUGUUGUGUGAUUUGCGGAAGGAUUUUCUCGAUUUAUGUACAUCCUGCAAAGUUGUUAUUUGCUGCCGAGUAUCUCCUAUGCAGAAAGCAGAGGUCGUAGAUUUGGUCACUACUUGUACAAAGGCAGUCACUCUGGCAAUUGGAGAUGGUGCGAAUGAUGUAGCCAUGAUUCAGAAAGCUCACGUUGGAGUUGGAAUAUCAGGAGUGGAAGGACUUCAGGCAGCUUGCGCCUCAGAUUACUCGAUAGCGCAGUUUAAGUUUUUGAAACGAUUGCUAUUUGUACAUGGUGCCUGGAAUUACAGUAGAAUGUGCAAAUUAAUUUUAUAUUCAUUUUACAAGAAUAUUUGCCUGUAUGUUAUCGAACUUUGGUUUGCCAUAUACUCAGGUUGGUCUGGUCAAAUCUUGUUCGAAAGAUGGUCCAUCGGUCUUUACAAUGUGGUAUUUACAGCAGCACCCCCCUUGGCAAUGGGACUCUUCGAUAAGGUCUGUGCCGCUGAAACUCAUUUAGCACAUCCAAGACUCUAUCAUCCACCCAACUCUAUGGACUCUAUGUUUAAUAUAAAAGUCUUUUGGAUGUGGAUAAUAAAUGCAUUAGUCCACUCUGCUCUGUUAUAUUGGUUACCAUUAUUGGCCCUUGAGCAAGACGUAAUAUGGAGCAAUGGUCGAGACGGAGGUUACAUAGUAUUGGGAAACUGCGUGUACACUUAUGUUGUAGUGACGGUGUGUGCAAAAGCUGGAUUAGUUACAAACUCAUGGACAUGGGUAACACAUUUAGCGACGUGGGGAUCUAUUCUACUAUGGUUCUUAUUCAUUCUUACGUACAGCAAUUUUUGGCCAACCUUCAACGUCGGUGCAGUAAUGGCUGGUAAUGACAGGAUGCUCUUCACUUCUCCUGUCUUUUGGCUUGGCCUCAUUCUUAUUCCAACGGCAGUCUUACUGCUUGAUGUUACUGCUAAAGCAGUCGAAAAUACAAUCUGGAAAUCGAUAACGGUAGCAGCACGAGAACAGGAGAUUAAAAAAUCUGAUCCAAGUGACGUACUUAAUAAACAGGACCACAGAAGCUCAUUAACGGAGACUGCAAGGCUUCUGAAAAACGUAAAAAGCGUCUUCUCCAGACGAUCCAACACUGCGUCCAGGGUAAAUAAUGAGGUGGAACUAUCGCAUGGCUUUGCGUUUUCUCAAGAGGAAGGAGGCUCCGUAACGCAAACAGAUGUGAUCAGAGCUUACGAUACAAAUCUUCCCAAACCUGGCGGAAUGUAAUUCACAUUUAUACGUACCAUUAUAGAAUGUACUUUUUUGGUUAGUUAAUUAAUUUAUAGUAAUUAAUUAAUCCAUAUAUUCUAUCUGCGAUCCAACCAAUUCGUUGGAACUACCCAAUACUCGUCUCAGCAUCAGUCAGAUAUAGAAACGAGUAUACAUCAUUUUGGGUUUAAAUAUUCAGGUACUGAAUAUUAAAAUAAGACUAAUUUAUUUCUUUGUUAUAUUUGUUGUUGACACAUACGUAUACAGGGUGGGCCAAAA